AGCGCGUGACGACUCGGUGCCAGUAUAAGUUCAUUGAACAAACAGAGGAAAGAGCAAUUGUGAUAUUGCUGGAAACCUUUUCAGAAGAUCAGAAUCAACUAAUUCGAUUGAUUAAAAGAGUUUCGCCACGACUGCAAAAUGACAAACUAUCAAAUCGUCAUCAAAGCCGACAAAGUACCAUUAGGUGAACAUGCUGGUAGAUUCAACGCUCCAACUGUUGAUGAUGUUGCCAUUAUUAUGGUCGGUGAUGCAGUUGACAAAACAGCUAUAAGAAUUACACGGCGAGACAACACUGUCAGUACCGUUUCGGAUCUACACCGUUCAUAUGACGCACUGUAAUAUCCAUUAAUAUUUAGGCAAGGACAGGAUGAAUACCACCUUAAAAUCAACCAGUGUGAUCCAAAUACAGGUGCUUAUGGAAAUAAAAAAGUUAGUUCAAUGAACGACUACGCACACCGAAUAAUGGUUAGACGAAAUCAGGACAACUAUAUCCUACGAUUUCGUCAGCUAUUUCAUCAAUACAUUAUUGAUAUGUUUGCUAAGGUUGAAAGCGAACGCCUGCGAUUCAUUCGAUACAACCAGGCUAAAUUACGAUCGGAAGAAUAUAUUCACUUACGAGAUGCUGUUGCUGGAAACAUCGACGGAAAUUUGAAUCCCAAUGACAUCGGUAAGCCUUUCAUUUUACCUUCACGCUACAUCGGCAGUCCACGGAAUAUGCAGGAAUACAUACAAGAUGCCAUGACUUACGUACGUCAUUACGGCCGACCGGAUUUGUUUAUUACAUUCACGUGUAAUCCGAAUUGGCAAGAGAUACAACCUUUACUAUUACCAGGACAACAAGCAAUUCAUCGUCAUGAUAUAACUGCACGUGUGUUCAAACAAAAAUUGAAAUCCUUAAUUGAUUUUAUUGUUAAAUAUUCAGUUUUUGGUAUCACACGUGGUAGGCUGUAUACGGUUGAAUGGCAAAAGCGAGGAUUGCCUCAUGCUCACAUUUUAAUUUGGCUUCAAGAUAAAAUCCGUCCAGAAGAAAUUGAUCAAAUAAUUUCAGCCAAAAUUCCAGACCCAUUAAUUGAUCAGGAAUUAUUUGAUAUUGUUACCAAACACAUGAUCCAUGUGCCGUGCGGUGCUUUCAACAUGACGUCAUCAUGCAUGGAAAAUGGAAAAUGUAAGAAAAAAUUCCCAAAGCUGUAUACGAAUGACACCAUUACGAAUAUUGACGGUUAUCCAAUGUAUCGCCGCAGAAAUAGUGAGAAUGGUGGCCACAUAUUCACAAUGCGACUACAGAAUUAUCCGAAUCAAGUAGAACUUGAUAAUCAGUGGGUGGGACCAUACUCACCAUUACUUUCAAAAACAUAUGCAGCACAUAUCAAUGUUGAGCUUUGCAGUUCGGUAAAAUCAAUUAAGUACAUUUGUAAAUAUUUAAACAAAGGCAGUGAUAUGGCCAUAUUUGGAAAUAUCAAUAACAAUGACGAAAUAGCACGAUACCAAAUGGGCAGAUACAUUAGCAGUAGCGAAGCUAUUUGGCAUAUUCUUAGCUUUCCCAGACACGAAAGAGAUCUUUCUGUCCAGCAUCUAGCAAUACAUCUUGAAAACGGUCAACGUGUAUACUUCACUGAAGAAAAUGUUUUACAAAGAGCGCUUGAGGCUCCAAAAACGACUCUAACCGAAUUUUUUACAUUGUGUCAAAAAUCUGAUAUUUUUGGCCAAUUCGCAAAGACAUUGAUAUAUGCCGAUGUUCCACACAUAUUCAAAGCUAAGACAUUGGGGCGACUUUACACGGUACCUCCAAAGCAACAUGAGUGCUUCUAUUUACGUUUGUUAUUGGUGAAUGUUCCCGGACCAACGUCUUUUAAAUUUCUGCGAACAGUUAAUGGUAGAGUAUUCAAUACUUUUCAAGAUGCAUGUCGUGAACUGCAAUUGCUAGAAGACGAUAACCAUUUGGACUUAACGCUUGCUGAUGCUGUGUUGACAUCAACACCCAAUAACAUUCGUCAGCUGUUUGCAAUUAUUUUGACGACAUGUUAUCCAUCACAAGCACAAACUUUAUGGGAAAAAUUGUAUGACAGAAGACAUAUUGCACCGAAAUAG